GGGACUUUGUGGUAAAAACGUGUUUGGAGAUAUGUGGAUUGUAGAGCCUGUGAAGAAUAGCUCUGAUGGAGCGGACGAUUAUCCAUAUAUUGCAUCUCCAAUAGAGAAUUUUGAGAAAAUCCCAUCUCCAAGAAUUGGGCACUCUUCAAUUUUGAUAGGAAAUGCAUUUAUUGUAUUUGCGGGGGAUACGGUUACAAACACGACUCAAGAGCUUGACAACAAACUUUAUUUUUUCAAUAUUACAUCGCUCAAAUGGACUAUCACUUCUCCUGAAGGUUCAAAACCGUGUGGAAGAUACGGGCAUCAAAUUGGUGUUCUCAAUUUUGAAAACGAUGCCAGUCCAUCAAAAUGGUCGAGCUACCUUUAUGUUUUUGGGGGGCAAGUAGAGAACGAUUAUUUCAAUGAUAUGUGGAGAUUUGAUCUUUCGAACUUUAGGGACCCUAAGACCCAAUGGGAGAAAAUCGCUAUUAAAGAUGGGGAUGUUGUCCCUCCAAUGAUCUCCAACCAUACUAUGACCGCAUAUAACAACAAGUUUUAUGUGUAUGGGGGAACGGAUGGGAUCACCGUUUUCAAUCAUCUUUUAGUUUUCGACUCUUUUUCAAACAAAUGGGAGCUUUGCAAGUUAAAAGGCUCCGUUAUACCACCCCCUCUGCAGGGACACGCGGCAGCAAUAUACCAGAAUCUGUUAUUUAUUUUUGGAGGUAAAACAGUUGGCGGUGAAACCUGCGAUGGACUCUAUAUUAUCGACCUGAAUACCCUAACUUGCUUUCAGCUGGAAUCUGAUCUUUUUUGUUCGCCCACUCAAAGGUGUGGUCAUACAAUCACUGUCGACCCUGUUCAUGAAAAAUUGCUGGUAAUGGGCGGUGAUCAGUUGGACAACGAUUUUACUCAUGUAUCUGAGACUACAAACAAACUCAUUCAAGAUUCCCAGUUUGAAUACCCAAACUCAAUCAUAUACCAAUUGGACCUUCAGCUUCUUCCACACUUUUUGAAGUUCACAUCUAGUCUGAAUAAACAGCCUACAGUCAGAUCACCACAUAGGCUCAGAACGCCAUCUGAAAUAUCUAUUGACAAUAUCAAUGAACCUGUUGGUAUCAGAAGAGGGUCUAGUAGGGUAAGUCAAUAUGCUGUUUAUGAAAAAGUGAGUGACGAUGAUGACAUCAAAGAAGUAUCUGAUGACCCAAUUGAUGAGUAUACGGUGCCUAAUCCUACCCUAACCCGAGGUGAAGAUAUGAGUGUACCGAAACUCAAACCAAAAAAUGACAACAAGAACUUAGCUCUCACACUUCUCGAUUCUGGAUCAGAGUCCAAUAAAUCAGAAAAAACUUACACUCCACACGACACUGUGAGUUCCUAUGGAAAGGCACUUAAUGCGCCAGAAAAGAACGAGCCAAAUCUAGAUGCAACUCACGAUGUGCGAGGGGAAAGUAUAAGUAUUACAAAGGACGCUGUAGCAAAGCCUGCUACAGACACCCAUCAGAGCGUUGUGAAAACUCCUGGAGGCAAAGAUUCAUAUGAGCUGAGUAAACAAGAAUAUGCGGGUGAAGAUUCUCCUGAUCCAUCCAUUAGGAACGGCUUGUGUUUGGGUUCAAGAACUGUGGAAGAGUUCACGAACAUGCUACAUUCACUUAAAAGGGAAAUGGCUGAGAAGGUUGAAAAGGCAAAUCUUCAACUCAACAGUCUAGAAUCCCAACGUCAGGAACUUAUCAAAGAGAAUGAAGCGCUUAGGUCACAGAUUGCUAGUGCAGCAGUUGGGCAAAGAGAAUCAGUACAAGAUGCAUUAAAUCAAAACGAGCUUUCCCACGUGGGUUCAGUGAGAAGCUUUAGUGAUAGUCAGUGUAUUGCAUUGCAAAAUCAAGUUAUACAACUGACAGCGAAGAACACCGCACUGCUUUCCAAAGUGAAAAAUUAUGACUGUCUAUUUGAGGAACGUUUGCAAAAUUUGGACAAACUCAAUCUUUUGGUUCAAGAACAGGAGAGGAGCAUUAGGCUACUGAAAUCGCAUUUGAAAGGUGAGACAUUUAUAUCAAAUAAAAUAACAGAAUUGGAAAGUCGAAUCAAGUGCGCUGAGGAAAAGUCAAGGUACUUGUGUGACAUCAUUGGAAUCAGCGAUCAUCCAACUUCCGAUGCUUUAGAAUCAUUUGCUGAUGAAAGGAAAAGUUAUUAUAAACAAGCCAGUCAACUUUCAGAAAAUAUCGACAAACUUCUCAAUCUUUGGAAAGAUGCUCCAAGAGAGCAUAUUCUUGGUCACCUAGUCUAUGACUCAAAUUUACCUCGUCAGUUGUCAGGUGCAAAUGAUGGUAAUCUAUCAGAAGAGCUGCAAAAGCAAGUCAAAGAACUUUUAGCAAGCAAGAAAAAUGACGAGGAAAAGAUUAGCAAACUCUCUGAAGAAUUGAGAUUGUAUACUGUCAAAACUAAGGAGCUCCAAGAUUCAUACUCAAAAUCUUACGCUUCGCUUAAAAACUCGCAUAAGGCGCUUACGGUAUCUCAAAGCGAAAUUGAAAAACAGAAAGAACUAAACAAGCGUUUGGUGACUGAACUGAAAGAAUUGCAAAUGAAAAGCAUGAACACUGGCGACAGAGAAAUGAAUGCUAGCUCAUCUGUCAAAAAUGGCACCUCAGGAAUUGAUACUUCCUUUGACGCCCGGUACGAUUUCAAGAUCAAAGAUUUGGAAGCAGACUUAUUUAUUGUGAGUCAAGAAAGAGAUCAGUUGAAGGAAGAAGUAAUACUGUUGAAAAAAAAGCUUUACGCUGUUUCAUCUUGAAACUGUUUUGCUGAUAUUUAAGAUAUAAUACAAACUUUUAAUCCAAUUUGUCAUCCAUCCAAUUUAUUUGAGCUUCUACUUUUGAGUCCUUGAUUCCAUUCCAUCAGUAUUCUGACUUUUUCAGUGAACUGUCAUCAGAGCACUCAAAGCCGUCUACCUUUCUUUCUCGGCUUGUGUCAUCGAGAUUGGAGCUUCGUCUCGUUUGUUUACCAUGUAAUCCGUAGGACCGACGUUUAGAAAAAGAUGGUGUGCGUGGUUUUUUUGGUGAUGAUGAAGGGGUUGAGGUUUCGGAUUCCUCAUCCGCCGCAAGAUUGUGCUUAAUCUCGUUUACAAAAUUCCAUAACUUGCUGGAUACUGACUGAACUAUGUCAUUUGAGUUAUGGAAUUCUUGUUCAUUCGGGCGCUUGUCAGUGCCCUUCUGUAAGGAGGUGUCUACUUCUUGAUUUCCUUCAUCAAAAGAGGAUGAACAUAAUAGUCCUUCUGAAUUAUCAAGGUGAUCACUUGUGCGCUCCGAACCAGAAAGUGAAGAGUUCAUGAACGCUGGGGUUAUGUGCAAUUUCUCGAAUUCCUGGUAAAUCAGCGAGUCAAUUUGUUGGAACAAUGUAAGAGGUUUGGCAAACCAUGAUCUGCCAAAGUCGUCCCUCAGAUCGUCAUCUACUUUGUCUGAGAAAUUAGAAUUUAGAAGCGGGUCACCAAAAACACCUGUAGUUUGUAGUCGUCGUCUUUGUAGACUAUUUGGAGAUUUUGGAACAUGCCUUUCGAAUAUCGCAUGAUUACUCCUGUGUGGCUGACCAGAUCCAAAAUUUGUUGUGAGUUCCUUUUCAAUACCAAUCUUUAGUUCCUGAAUCUCAUUUUCUAAAUCCUUUUUUUUGUGGGAAAGUGCGUUCAUUUGCUGGUUUAUCUCUAAGAUCUCCAUUUCUUUGGAAGCCAAAAGACGAAGGUCAUGCGACAAUCCAUGAUCUUGUUGAUCUGAUUCAGAGUGUCUCGUAGGUGUUAUUGAUGGGCUCUUUAAGGAUGAGUUCUUUGCCAUGUUUGGCAGGACUGGGUCUUGAUUGAAACCUUCCUGCUUCGCUGAAGAAGCUCUUGAGCAUUUCCCCGUGUCAGGGGUUUCAGUGCCAAAGACAGCAAGUCCCAGAUUAAUUCCAGUUCUUUUGUUGCUUUGCAAGGAGCCAUCUGCAUCCUCCCCGCGAUAUGGCGAAGCAGGAUUGAUACCAAUAUUUUCUUCUUUUUGUUCUUCAAGAGCAUCAUAUUUGGGCGUCACUUGAGUGUGCACAGUUGAGACGACUUUAGUAUUUAAAGGCUGGUUUGAAACUUUGAAUGUUCGAUUCAUUGGCAUAUUUCAGCGUGGAAACUAAUGGUCUGUGGCGUUUCACUGUCGCCAGUUCGCGUUUCUAUCAGAAGCUUCGACUUUUAUAGCUCAAUAAAAUA